CUCCCGCCCUCCCUCCCGAGACACGAGCCGAACUGGGCGUCAGGUCGGGGAGCCGGUCGGGUUCCCGCUCGCCGCCGCCGCCGCCGCCGCCCCCCGCAGCGACUCUCCCGCCUCUCCAGUCGCGUUGGUCGUGGGGAGCUGCAUCAACAACUCUGCUCGGCUGUGGAGCCGCCUGCCCGAGAGCACAGUGACUGGGACGCGACACGCCGAGCCCCCCAUCAUCUCUAGUCAGGGCGACCCCUCCCGGGUCCGCCCUCGCCCUGCGCGGCCCCCGCGACUCGGCGCCCGCAUCCCGGCCCCUGCACUCCCGCGGCCGCCGCCCCCCACCCUGAACAUGGACUCCGACUCCUGCGCCGCCGCUUUCCACCCGGAGGAGUACUCCCCCGGCUGCAAGAGGCGCAGGACCGUGGAGGAUUUCAAAUUCUGCACCUUUGUCUUGGCCUAUGCGGGCUACAUCCCUUACCCUAAGGAGGAACUCCCUUUGAGGAGUAGCCCCAGCCCUGCCAACAGUACCGCUGGUACCAUCGACAGCGACGGCUGGGAUGCUGGUUUUGCUGACAUCUCGUCCACGGUGCCCUUGCCCGUGUCUGACCGCUGCUUUGGCCACCUGCAGCCUACUCUCCUGCAGCGAGCCAAGCCCAGUAACUUCCUGCUGGACAGAAAGAAGACCGACAAGCUGAAGAAGAAGAAGAAGAGGAAGCGCCGGGACAGCGACGCGCCCGGGAAGGAGGGCUACAUGGGGGGCCUGCUGCAGCUGGAAGCCGCCGACCCCUACGCAGAGACCCCCACAAGCCCCACCCUGCAGGAUAGCCCCCAGGCCCCCGGCGACCCCUGCUCGGGCUGGGACUCUGACACGCCUUCCAGUGGAUCUUGUGCCGCGGUGUCCCCCGACCAGGUCAAAGAAAUAAAAACUGAAGGCAAACGGACUAUCGUCCGGCAGGGCAAGCAGGUGGUGUUCCGGGACGAGGACAGCACCGGCAACGACGAGGACAUAAUGGUGGAUUCAGAUGAUGACUCCUGGGACCUCGUCACCUGCUUCUGCAUGAAGCCGUUUGCUGGCCGCCCCAUGAUAGAGUGUAACGAGUGCCACACCUGGAUCCACCUGUCCUGUGCCAAAAUCCGCAAGUCCAAUGUUCCCGAAGUGUUCGUCUGCCAAAAGUGCCGGGACUCCAAGUUCGACAUCCGCCGUUCCAACCGCUCCCGGAUGGGCUCCCGGAAGCUGUUCCUGGACUGACUGGGGAGAGCGAGGAGACGGUGGGCGAGGAGUCGGGAGGGACGGGGGGCCUCUGGCCCCCUCUUAGUGGAGCACAGAACUCUGAGCUCUGGUGCGGGCAGACCCCUGCCAUUCAGGUGCCUAAGCGGAUGGACUGGCUGUCCAAGGUAGAAACUGUACAUACAGCCAGUGACUGAAUAAACCCUCGUUGGCCGAGCUGCUGCUGCGGCGCUGUGUCCUCCGCGUGGAGGCGGACUGCACGCCUGCAAGCGGCCGGCUUGGUCCAGCUGAAGCAGAG